CAAACACACACCCCUAGCACAAACACAAUUCAAAUUGUCAUUUCAAAUAAUGGAUAAACCCGAACCCGGAUCCGGAUCCGGACCCGCCAAAACGGCGGCGCGGCAGCUGGAUUUCACGGCGAUUUGCCGGGCGUCGGCGGCGACGGCGAUUUUGCCGGAUCACCCGCAAGCCCAAUUGCAGUCAAAGCUGUUGGCGUUGGCUUUGAAGAGACAGGCUGAGGCGGAGCCGAAGGGGAAUGCGGCCCGACCCGACCCGGAAGUGGAUCCGAAGGUCAAGAGGGCAGUGCAGGGAGAUGGGGUUGUGGGGAGUGGUGGUGAGAAGGCUAAUUUGAGUGUUGACAGCAAAGUGGAAUCUCCAAAACCACGACAGCAUAGUCAUGCGGAAUCAAUAAGACCACAACAUAGUCAUGUGGAAUUAUUAAGAUCACGGCAACAUAUUAAUUCAGAACUGAAGAAGGCAGAAUCUCCAAAACCACGGCACCCUAUAAAUGUGGAACUGAAGAAGACAGAAUCUCCAAAACCACGACAGCAGAAUACUGUGGAAUUCAAGAAAAUAGAAUCUCCAAAAGUUCGCCAACAAAGUAAUGUGGAAUUUAAGGAUGGUACUAUAAAGAAACAAAAACAGUGCAACUGCAAAAAUUCUCGUUGCUUAAAGUUGUACUGUGAGUGCUUUGCUGCUGGCAUAUAUUGUAAUGGUUGCAACUGCACAAAUUGUCACAAUAAUGUUGAGCACGAGUCUGCUAGGCGAGAGGCAGUCGGGGCAACGUUGGAGAGAAAUCCUAAUGCCUUCAGAUCGAAGAUUGCUAAAAGUCCACAUAGAUCUCAAGAUAAUAGGACACAGAUAGAGGCAGGAGAGGUUACAACAGUUGGAAAGCACAAUAAAGGAUGUAACUGCAAGAAAUCUUGGUGCCUCAAGAAGUAUUGUGAGUGCUUCCAAGCCAAUAUUAUGUGCUCAGAAAAUUGUCGAUGCAUAGACUGCAAGAAUUGUGAAGGAAGUGAAGAGGCAAGAGCCCUUCGCCAAGGAGAACACACUAAUGUUAUGGCAUUCAUGCAACAUGGAAGCACUCAGGCUUUUGGUUAUAUUCCUCAAGCAAUUAAGAAGAGGAAAAUUCAGAGCCUAUUUACAGGAGAGGCACCCGCUAAUACCCUAGAUAACCGAAGUGCACAGAAGUACAGUCAGGAAACUUUUCUAACAUCUCUGAGUAACUCGUCUCACCUACCAUCCAUCCCUCUUCAUGCGGCAGCUGCCAGGGCAACAAUGUUAAGAUCUUCAGACUCCAUGUAUAGGUCACAAUUAGCAGCUAUCCGUGGACUAAAGGAUGCAAAGGAGCUUUGCUCACGUUUGGUCGUAGUUUCAGCAGAAGCUUCGAGCAAACUAGCUGGCAAAAAACUCACAGCAAAUGAAAAUGCAGAGAUAGAUCAGUGUGAGACCUCCUCUACUACAUCAAAUCAGCUACAUAAAGAUAAAGUGGAAAGUAGAGUCCAGGUAUUAUCUGGAGGAGAUAAAGUCCAGACAGGUUCCAGUGGGUCAGAUCCAGUUGAUAUACAACAUGAGCGGGCAAUGUCUCCUGGAACACUUGAACUAAUGUGUGAUGAACAAGAUAGAACAUUCCUGGAAGCUCAAUCUCCGAGUGUGGUUGGAGGCUGUAGUAAACAGCCUAAAAUUAGUUCAUCUACCACACAAGGUUUUACUGACCUAUAUGCAGAGCAAGAGAGACUUGUCUUGACUAAUUUCUUGAAUUGUCUCAACAGGCUUGUCACUUCUGGAAGCAUGCAAGUGAUGCAUCCUUCAUCAUCUCAAACAGUAAGAGAGGGUCAACAAGAACCCCUGCAGAAUGGCAUCAAAGAUUUCAAACUACAAAGAAACGGUGACCAUCUGCAUUGACGGGAACCUACCUAGUGUACUUGCAGCAGCAACUCAUGGUUGCAUUGUACUUCAGAUACCUUGCCACCAUCUGUAUUGAUGGGAACCAGUCUACUUGCAGCAGCAAAUUGUAGUUCCAUCGUCUCAGAUAACUUCUGACUGUAAUGCCAUGUGUUUCUUCAGAAAACCCCGACUGCCUGCUGCAGUCCAUUCAGGUGAUGCAAGUGCUAAGUUUUACCCUGCAAAUGGAAGGACUACAGCAUGAAGAUCCCGAAUAGGGGAAUUUAUUUUUCCUAAGUUAAAUUUUUUGUAAGCUUGGUUUUAAUAUCAUUAGAGCCAUGUAUUGUCUGAGAAUUUGACCAUCGGUGAAUGUUUUUUAUUUUCUUCAGAUUCAGAAGUAGUGUGGCUUCAUGAACCUGAUGUAGUUCUGCAGAAAGGGUGAUACAUUAGAAUAAACUGCACAGUUAUAUUUUUUCUUA